AUGGCAUAUCAACCCAACUUAGACCCAACGCCACCGUCCUCCCUCGCUCCUCGUCACUGGUGGUCACGACCAAUGAUGACUAUCCCGCCGCCAUCUGGUGAACCCACAGACAAGGAUUGGGCGGCUUGGUGUGCACCCUUCUUUAGCGGCCUUUUCACCUCUCUCGUCGUGCUCUUAAUCUUUUUGUACAUCGACGAAGCCCACUCCCACGCCAAAAUCUCCCUCCAGUCCCUCUCCGUCUCCUCCGCUACGUGGCAAGGAGAUUUUCUCGUGAAAAAAACGAGCUCGAGGUAUUCUAUCUACUACGACGGUGAUAGCGCUGCCGUGAGGCUCGGUUCUGAAAACGCCGCCGUUUUAAACAUCACUAGCCAACGUGUCUCUAGGGAUCACACUGCUUUCUCGUUGUUUUUCGUUGCUGAGGAGGGGAAUCGAAGCGACGUCGUUUCAGGAGAUCUGGACAUCAAACUCAUGGCGAAGCAUAAGCCUUAUAUGGGUCGUGAUGAAGCUGGACACUUAAAUAUACGGUGCCAAAAUGUGACUCGAGGCCGUGAGAAGAUUAUAUGCGAAUCCUCUUUUACAGAUUUGAAGUUGUUUUCUUUAACAAGACCACGACGGAGAACGUUCGACAACGGACAAUUAGAUUAG